ACUCCUCCCCUCCCUCUCAAACUUGGAGCUUUCUCCCACUUUUACCAUGUUCUUCUGUAGCCUAUACCCGGUCUUCUUCGAUGCAGCCUAUGUUUUCCUCCUUAUCAUGGCUGGCUGUUGAUGGAACAAACAGGUCGCUGGACCGCCUCUAAAGCACAAUCGAAACAUCAAUGCCAGUGAAAAUUUUUCAAUCUCUUGAUUUUGGUUAGAUGAAAUAUGCGAUGUCCGCGUGUGAGCCGGGUUCUUUUUCUGCUACAUUCUGUUUUGUUUUUGGCUGCCAGCCAUGUCGAGUUCUCGCUGCCUGGUAGCCUCUCUCCAGACGAAGAACAAGGUCGCUUUCUCCAGUCCCAGUCGGAUGUGUCCAUGGUUCAUCCAGUCAAAGUUGACAGCGAUGGACAGUUUCUCUCCCACUCCCUAGCACACCGCUUUGAGCGCGUGCGGCACAAGCGAGACUUGGGGACUUUGGAGGGACGCGUUUAUUAUAAGGUGACCUACAAAGGUCGCAAUUUGUUUUUUAAUCUAACAGUCAACAACUAUUUGGUGUCGAACAAAUAUGUUCUGGAGUGGCGGAACGGAAGUCUGAACCGGACUGAGCACCGUACCACAGGGGAGAAUGCGUGCCACCUGAUCGGCACCGUGACGGAUCCUACUAAUGCGCGCGGGACAGCCGCCAUCAGCACCUGUGAAGGCUUGAAAGGACUCUUUACCUUGCCUGAAGGACCCCACUUCAUUCAACCAGUCCAGGGGUCCACUGAUGGGGCUGUCGAAAGGGAGGGACCAGGGCUCCAUGUGGUCUAUCCCAGCGUAACCACGGCACCACACAGAUACCGACGCAGCUCUGAGGCUCGGGACACACACAGCCCCUGUGGGGUCAGAGACGCACCAGGUGAUUCCCUAGUGGUGGAGAGGGAAAGAGAGGACUGGGAGAGGGAACAGCAGGAAGAAGAGAGGGAGAGAGAGGAGGAGACGGCUCAACAUCGCUCCCAACGCUCCAUCAGCAGAGAUAGGUGGGUAGAGACCAUGGUGGUGGCAGACACUAAACUGAUCGACUACCACGGCAGUGACAACGUUGAGUCUUACAUCUUCACCAUCAUGAACAUGGUGGCAGGGAUAUUCCAUGAUGCCAGUAUAGGAAAUGCCAUCCACAUCACCUUGGUCCGCCUGAUCCUCCUGCAGGGCGAGGAGAAAGGGCUGAAGAUCAUCCACCAUGCAGACACCUCUCUGGCCAGUUUCUGUGCCUGGCAGAAGAAACUCAACCCACUAAGUGACACACACCCUGCUCACCACGACGUGGCAGUGCUGGUCACCAGGAAGGACAUCUGUGCAGGGCUCAACGAGCCGUGUGAGACCCUUGGUCUGUCCCAUCUGUCAGGGAUGUGCCAGCCUCACCGUAGCUGCAACAUCAAUGAAGACUCAGGACUACCUGUAGCCUUCACCGUUGCACACGAGCUGGGACACAGCUUUGGGAUCCACCAUGAUGGUCAGGGGAAUGACUGUGAGCUGGACGGCAGACACCCCUUCAUCAUGUCCAGACAGCUAAUGUACGACACCUCCCCACUUACCUGGUCCUCCUGCUCCAAAGACUACAUCACACGCUUCCUAGAUCGUGGUUGGGGCUUCUGUCUGGACGACCGUCCCUCAAAGAAGGAUCUGACCACCCCACUGGCCCGUCUGGGGGUCCGCUACACCACACAGCACCAGUGUCAACUACAGUACGGCCCCAAUGCCACCUACUGCCACGAAAUCGACAAUGUGUGCCAGAUCCUGUGGUGUUCAGUGAAUGGGUCCUGCCGAUCUAAACUGGACUCCCCCAUAGAUGGCACUAGCUGUGGCCCUGAGAAGUGGUGUAUCUCAGGGGAGUGUGUUAUCAUAGGGAAGCUACCGGAGACAGUGAAUGGGAACUGGGGACAGUGGAGUAGCUGGUCUCACUGUUCCAGGACCUGUGGGGCCGGGGUGCAGUCUGCUCACAGGGAGUGUAACCACCCCAAACCAGAGUUUGGUGGGAAAUACUGUACAGGCGAGAGGAGGCGUUACCAUAUCUGUAACACCAAACCAUGCCAAAAGGCCAAACCCACCUUCAGAGAAAUGCUGUGUAGUGAAUUUGACACAGUGCCCUACCAGAACGAACUCUACGAGUGGGUCCCUGUGGCCAGCCUAUCGAGUCCGUGUGAGCUGCAUUGUCGUCCUGUGGAUGAGCAUUUCUCUGAGAAGAUGCUGGAUGCUGUGACAGAUGGAACUCCCUGCUUCAUGAACAACAACUCCAGAAGCCUCUGUGUCAACGGAGUGUGCAAGGAGGUGGGCUGUGACUAUGGUAUAGACUCUAACGCUGUAGAGGAUCGUUGUGGAGUGUGUCUGGGCGAUGGAUCCUCCUGUGAGACUGUCCAGAUGACCUUUGAUGGGGGGGAUAGCUUCGGCUACGUGGACGUGGGAGUGAUCCCAGAGGGGGCACGUGACAUUGUGGUCCAGGAAAUGGAGGAGGCGGGGAACUUUCUGGCUCUGCGGGGUCAGGGGUCAGAGGAGUAUUUCCUGAAUGGCGAGUACAUCAUCCAAUGGAAUGGAGAGUACAAGGCAGGCGGAACUACCUUCUACUACGAACGCAGCGGAAACAUGGAGAACCUUACCUCCCCUGGACCCACCAAACAACCAGUCAUGAUCCAGUUGCUGUACCAGGAAAAGAAUCCAGGUAUAAAGUAUGAGUACACCAUCAAGAGGAACCGCCAGACAGGAAAUGAGGUCAUCAAGUCGGAGUACAGGUGGAGGCAUGGGGCCUGGACAGACUGCAGCACCACCUGUGGGCUAGGUGAGCAGCAGCAGCCUGUCAGGUGUUUUGAGUUGGAGGUGGGCGUGGUCGAUGAGGCUUUUUGUGACCAAGAGAGCCGCCCGGAGGACCGACACCGCAAGUGCAAGAACAUGGACUGCCCCGCCAGGUGGUGGGUGGGGGGCUGGCAGCUAUGCUCUGCCACCUGUGGUUCGGGAGGGGUGAGGAAGCGCACAGUGCUGUGUGUGCGCACGGUGGCCGGGGAGGAGAGGGUGCUCCACCCUGGGGACUGUAAACAGCUGCUCAAACCCAAACCUGUAGUUCCCUGCAACAGAGACCAGCUCUGUGGACCCGACUGGGCCGCGGGCAACUGGAGCAUGUGCCCAGUGACAUGUGGUGGUAGUGUGCGCACCCGGACGGUCACCUGCCUGACCGCACCCCCAAAAAAGUGUGACAUCAAAACCAUGCCUCGCUCCAAGUCGCUGUGUGCCCUGCAGAGCUGCCCAAGCGCAGGCCUCCGACGGCGCCCGGGACCACCCCCUAAAUACCGACGUUUCUACCUGCCCAAGAGACACCCAACCAGGCAGCCAGUUACACACACCUGGGGCCCCAAAAGCACCAGCAACGCUACACCCGGGACCAGCACUGUUACAGUGACUGAGAGAACUGCAACCCCCAUCACCACCUCUACCACCAAGCCCCUCCCACGGUCCUCCACAGCCACUGAUAUCAUUGACGUCGAUGACCAUGUGGUGAAGAAUGGGCAUGUGGAGGACAAGGACGGGGCAUUUAUUACGACCAGUCCUACUGACACGGAGAACAGGGAGAGGGACAUGAGAGAGAAAGAAGAGGAGGAUGAGAAAAAGGAGGAGGGGAGUGCAGCUGAUUUGGUGUUUCCAGACGUGGGGGUUACGUACACCCCGGGGAAUGACUAUGUAGUGGAGGAUGUGACUGCAGAAGAGGAGGGGCUUACAGAUCUGGACAUUUUUACCACGGAAUCCUCUCUCAGGACCCCCAUCCAAUCACCGCCCACCGUGACCACCGCCAGGUUACACCCUACAUCCACACCACACAUACCACACACAAGUGUCCCAACAUCACGUACAACCCAACACACAACCAGAGUACCCCUCACUACCUCCCCCUCAACGCCACAAACCAGCACUGCACACUGGGCUAUGAACACCAGCCACUACACACUCACUCCCCCCAACACCACCCCUUCUAUCAAACCUUUCACCAAACAGACAACCAGGGUGCCCCACACCACCCCUAUACCCCGGGCACACACAGCGGAGAUGAGGAGUACACUUAUAGCACCUUACGACACUACACAAGGACUGUAUCCCAAUACAGAAGGCAUUUUCCACACUAGCGAUGCCCUGUACUUCAGCAGCCCAACCCCAGAGUCCCCCGGCCCCACUGUGAGGAUCAUUAAAUGGAAGAAGCCCAUUAAGACCCCCAAGAGUGGCAGCGCUGAGCCCCGUUCUAAAAAGCCAGGCCCACAUUCAAAGGGCAAAGGUCAGGAGCAGAGACCAGGAAGUCCCGUAGUGACCUUCGCCAGUGAUUAUGGCUACCUGAACGCCCAAGAGCCAAUCAGCAUGGAGGUGUUCUGGUUGGUGGGUAAUUGGAGCGAGUGCUCAACGUCGUGUGGCCUGGGGGCAGUGUGGAGGCCAGUGAUGUGUAGCUCCCAGCAGGAAUCGGACUGUGCCAACCUGAAGAGACCAGAACCAGCUCGCACCUGCCACCUGCGCCCCUGUGCCACCUGGCUGAGUGGCGACUGGAGCAAGUGUCCGAAGGGGUGUGAGGUGGCGGGGAGGAGGCAGCGUGAGGUGCAGUGUGUGGACGAGCAGAAGGGGCGUCCACUGAGACCGUUCCACUGCCAAGUCCUGUCCUCCAGGCCGCCCAGCACACUGUCCUGUCGUCUCCAACCCUGCCAGCCCUGGAGAACCUCCCCCUGGGGACAGUGCUCACGUAGCUGUAGUGGUGGAUUGAGGGAGCGGCUGGUAUACUGCCCUGAGCCGCAGCGCUGUACCGCCACCCAGAGGCCAAACGACACAGAGACCUGCAACCUGCAGCCCUGCAGCUACUGGGACCCACAGGACUGGGAGGAGUGCUCUGUGAGUUGUGGUGAGGGGUUGCAGCAUCGUGUGGUGCGGUGUGUUGUUGAGGACUCCGACUCUGUGGAGGACAGUCUGUGUGAGCCGAGCAGCAGGCCUGACACACUCAGGAAAUGCCACAUGCAGGAGUGUCAGACUAACACCGGUCCGUUGUGUAGGAAGAACAGCAUGUCGUCUCGGUUCUGUGACAAGCUGAAGCUGCUGGGCCGAUGCUCCCUCAGGUCCAUCCAGAAACAGUGCUGUAUCACCUGUAGAGGGUAACUCUGACACGCACUACCUGCCUCAUGGACCUCAAACGCAUACAUACAGGGCAUCCACACUGCGAUCCUAUUGGUGGAUCUCAUCUCUAGUGCAAUCAACUGCCAACAGCCUUUUCUUCUUCCUCAUCAUCAUCAUAACAUCCGCAGACCGUUACCUAUAUGGGGUGGGAAUUCGAGAAGCUAAAGUACUGUAUAUUGCUGCUGUAUGCAGUUGGUCUGAGCCUUGCACCUUCCCAGCUCAUACUGUGUAACCCAGGGUAUCGGGCCUCCAACAGCCUCGAAAGACUUAGUUAUGUGAACUUCUCACCCAUGUCCCACCUGCUUUCCAAUACGGUUGAAUGUCAAGUCAGAAUGUCAAGCUGUGUAAAAUCCUGUUUGGCAUGCAUUUUGUUUUCUAUUCCAAGUUCCCCCACUAAUACAGAAGUGAUGGUGACAGCCAGUAACACCCCCUUUCAGCUGGUAUUUACCUGGUAUUUACACAUAAAUUAUGUGGUGACAAUGGGUCUUUUCUGGCGCUUACUUUAAUGGUGCUGGAUUUAAUGAAUCCCCCAGAACAUGAAUUAUUAAUGAUAAGGUAACUAUUAUGUAAUGAACAUUUUACUAUGACACUUCUAAGAAAAUACUUGGUAAAUAGUAGACUGUACAAUAAAGAUUCAUGUUUUUAAUUGUAGUGUUUUUUGUUGUUUUGUUAUUGUGUUUUUAUUGCUCUUGUUCUCAGAGCUCUCGGGGGUACUGUGGCUCUGGACAGUUGUUUCCCUUAAGCACAGAUCUGGAAUCAGCUUACGCACCUCAAAUGCUAACUUUAACAUUAAGGGGAAUUCAUACACCUGACCAGGGGUAACUUCCUCCUACUCUGGUGCUGUGUGUCUAUUCUGUGGUGCUCCUCCCCUUUAUUAGGCGGGCCAAUGAGAACGAGGCGUUGCAGGUCAUCCCUCUCAGGCCUCAGUUAAGAUGGCCACUGUGUUGAUAUGAUAGUGUACAGAUGCUAUCGUCUUCAUAAAAAGCCUUCAGCAAUAAAUGCAAUGAUGAAAGAA